AUGUCAACAGAAAAGCCAGAGGAAGCAAUGACUCAAGAUGAGCUCAGUCAGGCUGGUCCAGCAGAUCCAUCAUCUUCACGGUCCCCGAUCCGCAACGCAUUCACAACCUUGAUGACCUCGAAGCGAAAACACCCUGAUUCUCCCCCAAGAAAGUCGCGCAAAUUACACUUCUCAUCCUCCCGUCGCGAUGGCCUUUCCGCCUACACCUCCCACCCCGAAUCCUACCCACCCACCGUCGUAAUCUUCCAUAACCCAGACUUCGUCGCGAUCCAUGAUCUCUAUCCGAAAAGCUCAGUACACAUGCUGCUGCUCCCGCGCUCCGAAAAGCAUACGCUACUUCACCCUUUCGACGCCCUCGAAGACACCAAGUUCCUUGCACAAUGUCGCGAACAAGCAGCACGAUUGAAGAAAAUAGUAGCGAAGGAGUUGCAGAGACGACAUGGUCGAUACUCCGCCCUUGAUGCGCCGCGGCAAGCUGUUCUCAAUGGUGAUGUGGAAUUAGAGGAUGGUCAAGAAAUCCCAGCAGGUAGGGAUUGGGAAAAGGAAAUCAUGGUCGGACUGCACGCUGUGCCAUCGAUGAAUCAUCUACAUAUUCAUGUUAUAAGUGUAGACCGGUUUUCAGAUUGCGUUAAACAUCGAAAACAUUAUAAUAGUUUUGCUACAGGGUUUUUUGUGCCGCUGGACGAUUUUCCUUUGGCUGAGGACGACAAGAGGCGGCAUCCGGGGAAAGAGGGGUAUUUAAAUGCGGAUCUGAAGUGUUGGAGGUGUGGAGAGACUUUUGGGAAUAAAUUCGCGAGGUUGAAGGAGCAUCUGGAGCUGGAAUUUGCGGAUUGGAGAGCCGAGUGA